AUGUCAGGAAUCAGAACAGUUUCUUCGUCGUCGGCAAACGUUAAGAGCUACGACUCUAUAAUGAAAAUCCUACUUGUGGGCGACUCGGGUGUGGGCAAAUCAUGUUUACUGGUGCGGUUUGUCGAGGAUAAGUUCAGUCCUUCCUUCAUUACGACGAUUGGAAUCGAUUUUAAGAUCAAAACCGUGGACAUAAAUGGCAAGAAGGUGAAGCUGCAACUGUGGGACACUGCGGGCCAAGAACGGUUCAGAACCAUCACCACUGCGUACUACCGCGGUGCCAUGGGCAUAAUAUUGGUGUACGAUGUGACAGAUGAGCGCACGUUCGCCAACAUCAAGCAGUGGUUCAGCACGGUCAACCAGCACGCCAACGACGAGGCCCAGCUGUUGCUGGUUGGCAACAAGAGCGACAUGGAAUCGCGUGCUGUGUCCACCGACCAGGGUGAGACUCUGGCCAAGGAACUGGGCAUUCCCUUUGUCGAGGCCAGCGCCAAAGACGACACCAAUGUCAACAACAUUUUCUUCCUGCUCGCAAAGUUGAUCCAAGAGAAAAUUGACAGCGAAAAACUUGUCGGGAAUGCUGGACGCGACGGUAACGUCAACAUCGGGUCUUCGGGACAGAGCUCCAAAUCCAAUUGUUGUUAG